UGUAUAUUUGGUUGGUAACGCUGACAGCUGGACGUGACGUCACGCGAACGAAGAUUUCUUUUCUGUCCCACGUUUCAUGGGCUUCGAGUUUAUUUGUUCGAAGAAGUGAUAAUUUUUCGUUAAAAUGAAGAUUGGACUUUGCGCGUUCAGCGGGUUUAAAAUUUAUCCUGCUAGUGGCAAAACAUUGGUCAAAGCCGAUGGCAAGACGUUCACGUUCAUCAACAAAAAAUGCGAGCGUUCUUUUUUGAUGAAACGCAAUCCUCGCAAAGUGAAAUGGACUGUACUAUACCGGCGAAAACACAAGAAGGGUAUCGUUGAAGAGGCUACCAAAAAGCGCACCCGCCGCACACAAAAGUUUCAACGUGCCAUCGUCGGAGCUUCCAUCACCGACAUUUUGGCCAAACGUAACAUGAAACCUGAAGUUCGAAAGGCUCAACGCGAUCAAGCUAUCAAGGUGGCGAAGGAAGCCAAGAAAGCAAAACAGGCUGAGAAGAAGAUUAAAAGCCAGCCAGCAACGAAGCAACCGAAGCAAAAGGCCGCAAAAGUGUCACAGAAAGCUGCCCCACGAGUAGGAGGAAAGCGAUAAAUUACACUGGCUCUUAAAUGGAUUGCGCACGAGUAUGAAAGUCUGUUAAGAUCGGAUUGAAUACAUAUAACUUUGAAAAGUAA